AUGUUCGACUUCACUGAUGACGCGUCCGGACGCGAAAAAUGCUACACUACAGUCUCGCAGUUACCUGGUUUUAUCGACCCGACACAGGUGCCGACGAAAAAGUCUCCAUUCUCUGCUAUCGUGAACCAUCCAUUUGCGCAUACAGUCGAGGUCAUUCUCCCCGAAGAUGUUUACACAGACAUUCAGACGUCAUUAGACAAGCUGAAUAAGCCUCACUCUGCGCGAGUGUUCAUGUUACCCUCUGAUCUCCUGGAGCAUGAGUUUUUCAACACGUACAUAAAGACUGGCAACAUACUCAUGAUAUCUGAAGGCCGAGCAGGGUCUGAUAAUGUGUACACCCUGCAAGAUGGAAUUCUCAAGAUCGAGCUUGGGAGAGAAACAUUUGAGCGCACAGGCCUUACGGGAAAACCCAUCCGGAGUGGCGGAAGGAAGCAUGCAAAGGAGAGAUUCUUGAUUGAGCUAAAUCUGCGCCUCCCAUCGAUGUUACAUGGCAAGAAAGGAUUUGAUAGAAUCGUAUGGGCCUUCAAAAAUGUGCUGAAUCAGUCUUUGGCUUGGCUUUUCUGCGACUUGGAGUCUACCCCAGGAGACCAAGAGACCAAGCCGAUCCAAAAACAGAGUCCGCAGAUGAUUAAUUCCGAGGUUCUGAAAACUAAACUAAGCCAAAUUUCAACACCCCCUCUGCAAGGAUUGGUAUCACCCGAAAUGUCCGAGGGAGAUAUGCAGGAGAGCUGUGGUGCCUUUGCUGAGUGGAUUGCCAUGGUCCAGCUGGGGUCACCCCGUGUUUCUGCGGAGGAUGCUGUCGACUCGUACCUGAGUCGCUACAGUGUACCAGGAGAUGAGGGAACCUGUACCACCGAUCUGAUUAGCCUGAAAUGGCAUGGUUUGAUUUCAGGACCAUGGGUCCUCCAACUAUUCAAUUCCCUACUGCCUUCAUCGCCCUGGUUCAUUCUUUCUGUUUCUGCGCUGGGGAGACAGGCCGUGGAAGGAAGGGACGGUUAUACAAUUGCAACUGCUCCCAACAUCCACUGCUCCUCAGUGGCAUCCAGCGGGAAUGGAGGCGAAGUUUCCGAAUCUGGUAACCGCAAUGCGCUAUGCUGGGAAUUCGUUGGGGCGACGUCUAUCGAGUGA